AAAAAUUCCUUUCUUCGCAUAAGGAAACCUGUUACUCUGAGAGAAAACUAAACAAAAUUUGACGAACAGGUCCGUUUUAAUGGCGGUUUAAAAGCUUAACCGAAACCACCGUCGAGCUUCAUAUUAACAGUCUCUUUUCCUUUGCAAUACUGGUUCCGAUUUAUUUGGAUUUCAAACAGAUCAAUUUGAUUUCAUUUUUACUCAACCAUCAUAAACAACGGGAUAUUGUUUUGGCUGAGAAAGAUUCAAUCUUUAUGGUGUUUUUUUAGGGAUAUGACAACUAUGGAGAGUAGUAGUAAAAUGGGUGAGCCUCAAAAACAUAAUUCGAUUGCUAGUAAGAUUCAGAGUUCGGGUGUUUCGUUUAAGAGAUGGGCAAGGAAAUAUCCGUUUGUGCGAUAUGGGCUACCAAUGAUUUCACUUACUGUUUUUGGUUCGAUAGGGCUUGGCCAUCUCUUGCAAGGCAGCAAGGAUAUUGCAAAGGUGAAAGACGAUCAAGAAUGGGAGAUAAUUGAGACACGAAAAGCAUUAUCUAGAACAGGACCUGUCGAUGCGUACAAACCCCAAAACAUUUCAAUGGAAGAGGAGCUAAAGGCCUUACAACAGAAAUUAGAUAUUAAUGACUAUGAAUACAAAAGAAUUCCGAAGAUAAAUGAAGGCCAAUGAGGAAAGUCUCAAAGCUUGUGUUUCCGUCACUUGUAUUGCAGAUUUGGCGCAAUUCCUCUACUUCUCUCUUUACUGUAAGAUCUUUUAGCAAUGAUCUUCUUUUGGAUUUUUUGAUGAAAGCUGUAUGUUGAAGCAACUUUUUACUCUGUUAAUAAAUUUGAAGGAAGUAAAAACACA